CCGAACGUGACGUAGGACCGCCGACCGCCGUGUACUGACGACUAGACUGUCUGGUGUAGUAUCAGUAAGGUACGUGAAAAUUUCAGCAGACUUUCGUUGCUUCCGCUGAGGGCUCACGCGGGAAACAUUGGUGGUAUCGCGGGCCGGAAGGGUCUCCGUAGCAGUCAGUUGACGAUGGCGGGUGCUGCAACCAACGCCUGAAAGUAGACACCGUGUAGUUUGGGAUGAAAUGUAGAACCUGCUGGAGCUCGAUCCUGCGGCAGAAAAAUUGAUGAGACGAAAUUUUCCGGAAAAACGUACACACAGAGAAAAAAAAAAGAAGUGAAAUGAGAUCUGAUCCGUUCAGUUUUUAGUACGGCGAACCGAGGCUCGGGUGUGAUUGUGAAAAAUCAUAAAAAAUAACUACACGUCCGUUUGGGGCGCUUUUGAUCUGAUCUGAGAGCGGAAAAUUGUUCCGGACCGGGAAACGUGUGUAUGUGUGUAUGUGUGUGUGGGCACUGGUGUGAGCCCUAAAUAUCCGAUGGUGAAAAGCAAGUGAAACCAGUGCCAACUUCUUCGGUCGGGUGACAAGUGCAAUUCAUUCUUGCCGUAUUAUUGGUGGUACUGUUUCAUGUGUAGUGAUUAUCCCUGGUGGUUUCCGUGGGUGGUAGGAACCGCUACUCGCUGGCUGGCUCGGCCACGUGGUUCUGCUAUCACGUUCAGUGGGUUGAUGAUUGUGCCGAGGGGUAAAGUAAAUGGAAUAAUUGAAGCUCCAACCGGGUGAAAAAUAAACCGAAGCACGUUUGCUCGUGUAUCAGGGCCACUGCAAUUAAAGCGUUUUUCGCGGAAUAAGGGCAAGUCCCACAAAUAUUGAGGGUGUGAAAAAUCAGUGUAAGUUAUUAACAUCGUACAGAAUCUUUCCUCUCUACUCCGCCACUCGGUUGUUAUUGGGUUUGUGGUGAAAGUGCAUAUUGGAACCCCUCUCUGUGGAAGUAGAGUUCAGCGAUGAUAAUUAUGUUGAUUGCAUAAAACAAAACAAAAAAUGCUCACCCCCGAAGCGGGCGUCGAAAGUGUGGGAAGACAUGCAGAGUUCGUGAGAAAUAAUAUUUAUCAAAGGCUUACACAUGAUGAAUUAAUAAUUGCAUUUUAAUUAACAAUAUUGUGAAUUAUUUUGCCGGAUUUAACAAUUUCCCACUGCACGGCACAGUGAUUGUGAACGUGCGUGAAAAUUUAUGCAUUGUUGGAUUUUGCUGUCAAUUCGAGCCAUCGAUCGCCCCUUCCGUUGUGCCGCGAAAAAACAAAAACAACCGGCCAGCCGAAAUCAAGUGAUGAAUAUUUAAGUUCGUCCACAGCGAAGUGUGCACUUUGUGUAAUGAAGCUCUAAUUCAUUGAUUCCGAGAGAGAGAGAAAACAGAUCAAAUUUUCAUAACUUAAGCCGACCGAAGAAAAUUCCCGACGCUGCUAAUUUGUUUGGCGUUCAAACGUUCAAACAAAAAUUCCAUUUGCUGAGUGUGUAGAACAUGCGUUGAAAAUCGAAAUUAAAAAUAAUAAUUAUUGAUUGUGUCACAAGUUUAUUACCGAAUUCUCCACCGGGCAGGAAAUCAUUGGCCGGAAACUCAGCCGAACACGGGAUCACAUUGUCCGAUCUGGUCAACCGGGGCUGAUUGUUUCUGCUUGUUGUGUGUACACACAGAGGAGAGAGAGAGAGAGAGGGUGGGUGUUUGCCUGCAGUGCCCUAUUGCGCAAUUUGGUGCACCGGCGAUUAAAGUAAUAAGUGUAUUAUUUGUAGCUUGGCCAGAAAAAAAAUCGAAUCAAGUUAAAUUUGUGCCAGUGAAUGGGAAAAUGAUGCGCGAUUAUUGAGUCAAAUUAAAAUUAAUUAAUUGCGUGAAUGUAGCUGUGAGUAAGUGUUUGUUGCGAUUUCGGAAGAGAGAGAGAGAAAAAAAUACGCUGAAUUGCAGCAACAGCAGUGCGAAGAAGCAACCAAAGCAGCAGGAAAUCGAAAUGCAGCGCUUUUAAUUGAUACAGUGUAUCGGUGUACAGAACGGACGGUUUCGGAUCGGGUUCCGAAAUCCGAAUUCGAUUUUUAAUUGAUUCCGACGCAUCGCAGAAUAUAAAAGAGCUACCGGUUCAUCGAUAGAGAGAUAGAGGGGGGAAAAAUAAUACAUCUAUCAGAACCAUCGGCCAUAAUCCCGCUCAUGCCGAACUUGCCAGGACCAUAUGCAACGAUGGAUUUCCGGAUGCGAGCUGUAACGAUCAUUUACGCACUCGUGAUACUGACGAUGGGCGCGAUCGUGACAGCCGUCGCAGAUGAAAACCUAGACACCCGAGAAGGCGAAACGCUGACACUCAAGUGUCGCUUCAGCGAGCAGCAACCGUCGAACGGUUUUACCUACUACUGGGCCCGCUGGACGACGGCCAACAAGUUUGACAAUGUGGCCAUCAACAACGUACAGCUCAAUACCAACUACAGAAUCGAUUUUCGUCCCGAGAAGGGUGUCUACGAUUUGCACAUCACCAACACAUCCUACGGCCGCGAUAAUGGUCGCUUCGAAUGCCGUAUCAAGGCUAGCGGAACCGGUGCCGACGUACAUCAGGAAUACUACAACCUAACAGUGCUGACGCCGCCACAACCGCCUCUGGUGGCCCCCGGAACGGUAGCCGUUGCGACGGAAGACAAAAAGUUGGACCUGACCUGCAGCAGCAUAGGAGGCUCUCCGGAUCCGACAAUAAUGUGGUACCGAGUUGGAUCCAACACACCGCUUCAAGCUCCAAUCAACCGAGGUGGCUCGAAGGAUCUACAAACGACGAGUACCCUGUCGGUAUUGCCCCGUCGAGAAGACGAUGCGGCCAAAUACCGUUGCGUUGUGUGGAACCGGGCUAUGCCCGAAGGACACCGGCUGGAAACGAUUGUCACGCUGUCCGUUAACUAUUACCCCAGAGUGAAAAUUGGACCGGAAAACCCUCUGCGAGUGGAGCGUGAUACCACCGCCAAGAUGGAGUGCUCGGUCGAUGCCAAACCGAAUGUUCCAAAUGUACGAUGGACUCGAAAUGGACGUUUCAUUAGUUCGUCGAGGUCGCAUGCCAUUCAGCGGGUUUCCAUCCAAGAUGCCGGAGAGUACGGUUGUUCCGCCGACAAUGGCUUGGGAAAGGUAGGUGAACAGGUGAUCACUCUGGACGUUCUGUACGCUCCGGUUGUCGUUAUCGAGUCCAAAACAUGGGAAGCCGAAGAGCGGGAAACAGUCACGAUUAGAUGUAAUGUGACAUCGAAUCCGCCGCCUAUAUCGAUCGAAUGGUUCAAGGAAGGCAGCACUGAUUUUCGGUACGCUGGGGAUAUUUUGCAGCUACGGGAGGUCAAAGCGGAACAUGCCGGGACGUACGUUUGUCGAGCCGUUAAUAUGAUUAAACCGUACGGUGGCAAGAUGGUCGAACGGAUCGGAAACUCCACCGUAGCAUUGCUCGUUCGGCACAGACCCGGACAGGCUUACAUCAAUCCAAGCAAGCCCGUUGUACAUGUCGGCAAUGGAGUGACCUUGACGUGCUCAGCAAAUCCACCGGGGUGGCCAGUUCCGCAGUUUCGUUGGUUCAAAGAUGCCACUGGAGAGGUGUCCUCGAAUACAAUCCUUGCUCAGGGACCGCAAUAUGUGAUACCAAGAGCACAUCUUGGAAGUGAGGGUAGCUACCACUGCCAUGCUGUUAACGAACUAGGUCAUGGUCCUAUGGCAACCAUCAAACUGGAAGUGCAUCAACCACCACAGUUUAUUGGUAAAAUGCAGCAACAUAUGACCAAGCGAGUUGGUGAUACCGAUUUUUCAGCCAGCUGUCAUGCCAAAGGUAAACCACGGCCUUCAGUGCGAUGGUUGAAAGAUGGUCGGGAUAUCACCGCCGAUGCCAACAUGUAUCGAAUCAGCACCAGCAACAAUGAUGGUCUUAGUGGAAUGGUUACCGUCCAAAGUAUGCUGGUGUUCCAAGGAAAGGCUCGACCCCACAAAACGCAACUACUUCCAAGUGAUCGUGGUAUGUACACCUGUUUGUUCGAGAAUGAAGUAAGCACGGCGAAUGCUAGUAUGCAUCUUCGCAUCGAGCACGGUCCGAUUGUGCUACAUCAGUAUAACAAAGUUGCUUACGAGAUUAAAGAAACGGCCGAAGUGUUGUGUCGAGUGCAAGCCUACCCAAAACCGGAAUUUCAAUGGCACUUUGGAACCAACACGGCUGCCCUGUCCAUGUCAUCGGAUGGUCAUUAUGAGAUCAACACAACGACGGAUAACAACGAUAUCUACACCAGCGUACUGAGAAUCAACAACCUGAAACAUCAGGACUAUGGAGAUUAUACUUGCCGUGUUGGGAACUCCAUCGAAACCAUUCGCGCCCCAAUCCGUCUGCAACCGAAAGGACCACCGGAGAAGCCCACCAACCUUCAUGCGGCAGAUGUGGGAUCAAAUUACGUAUCGUUAGUUUGGGAUCCCGGUUUCGAUGGUGGCAUAAGCAACACUAAAUUCUUUGUGUCCUAUCGUAAGGUGGCCAUUCCUCACCACGAUCAGAUGAAUGGUGAUUGUGGAAUCAUCCAGCAAAUCAGUUCCGAAUGGAUGGAAUUUGACUGCCAGCGGGAUGUCCCGUGCAGCGUAACACCUUUGGAUCAGCAUCAGAGCUACGUAUUCAAGGUGAAGGCAUUUAAUACCAAAGGAAACUCGGAGCCGUCCAAUGAAAUUGCUACCACCACAAAGGUGAGCAAGGUUCCCACACCGUUGCACGUCGGAUUCGAUCCGGAAACGAGACAACUGGGAGUAAAUGUCGGAGCCACUUGUUUAUCGUUGAUAGCGAUAGUCGAAUCCAUUGGGUACCAUGAUAAUCCAAUUUCCACCUGGCAAGUCGUACAAACAAUUCAGCUGGCAGUUUCCGGUAGCAAACCAACGUACAAGGAAGAAAUAAUGGAUAAUAUGAUUUCGGCUAGAAGAAGUAGUGCCCGUUCGUUGGGUGAGGAUGAUUUGCCAAUGGCACUGGAAGAGGAAAUUCCGCCACGUGUCAGAGUGAAACUAUGUCUCAAAUCUAACCAUGAGCACUGCGGAGAAUACGUGGAUGCUGAAAUUGGUCCUGCGUACGUUCACGAUUCGGCAUUCAUGGCCACGCCGACGCUGAUCGCCAUCGUAGUGUCUUGUGUGGUGUUUGCUUUAUUUGUAGGACUUUUGCUGAUGUUCUGUCGAUGCAAAAGAAACAGUAUUAAGAAAUCAACUACGGCAAAGGACUAUGAAAUGGAUUCGGUGCGACCUUCCAUAGUGGCACAGCAAAGUCAGGCACCACCACCCUACUAUCCGACAACCGGACUGGACAACAAAGCACUGGAACAUUCGAUGGACCUCGCACUGGCGAUGGAAGAUCAGAAAACUUCAGUUUACGCAACGCAAAACGGAUACGGCUAUCAUUCCGGGACGAGCCAUCAAGUACCGAGCCACACCAUCGCUGGCCAAGAAUGGGUUACAAUGGGUUACGCAGAGAACAGCUAUACCAACUCGAACAAUGGAGGCAGCGUCAAUUCACAGGAUUCAAUCUGGCAGCUAAAAAUGUCGGCAGCACAAGCAGCGGCCGGCACGGGCACGCUGAUGUCCGCUCAGCACUACGCCGAACGGCAGCAGCCAAUGCCGGCAACCAGCACGGCCGGUAUGUCCUACGGGUACGAUCCGUUGGCACAUGCCAGCUACGGUACGGUUGAGGAUUACGCCAGCUAUCCUCACCUGGCGACAACACCUAGUCAGCACGGACCCGAAGACGAGUACCAGCACACGUUGCGCCAGAGUCAGAAUCCCUCGCGGCAGGAGUACUGCGGCGAUUCCUACGCGUCUGUACAUAAGCCGAAGAAGCGAUUAGAUCAACCUCAUUUAGAUUCGUCAUCCUAUCACGAUAUUAGUGGAUUACCAGAUCCGUACAUGGAGCAUCAUCAGCUUCAUACCCACCAGCACCAGGACCAGGAAGACAGUAAAUCUCUUCUCCAGCAUCAGCAGCUUCAAGCACAACAUCAGCAGCAACAGCAACAACAACAACAACAGCACCAGCAGCAAUUGGCCCUCAACUACGACGAAAACCUGGAGAGUGGAUAUUCGACGCCCAACUCCCGGAAUCGACGCGUGAUACGAGAAAUAAUUGUCUGAGAGCAGCCUAGGGUGCGUUUCGCCAACGGAACGUGCCUGUGAAUCGACAAUUCCACCUAUUCCUUCUAGAUUAUUUCAAAAGCAGCUGUCUAUAUUUGCUGUAGCAAAAAUCACAAAACUCCUGUGUGUACUUAGGUAAAAUAAAAAUAAAAGCGGAAAUCUUAGCAAAAAUGUCCAAAUUCUGUAACUCAAAUCCGGCAUCGGUUUGCUAAACUUGGUUAGUAGUCUGAUUUUCGAAUUGUUGAAUUGCUGCUUGAACAAUUCUCCGUCAAAAGUUCUUUUAACUACUUUCACUCUCGUUAACCAUCGUGUAACAUCAUCAGCCAUUCAACGGUCCAAUACUAAGUUUUGUACUCAUUAUAAAUUUCUGAUGCUUCUUGUCCGGAAAAGCAAAUUAAAUUCUUUGGGAAUGCCCCAUAGAAACUCGCACGUUUGUUUUCUCGUAGUGUGGUUUUCUGGUAUGAAACUGCAAAAUGAACAACAAAAAUCCAAACCACUUUCAGAAUUGUGGCAAACAAGCUUUGACAUGGCUAGCACCACUGUAGUAACUGUUUAACUUUGGUUGCAUAUUUUACUCCACCAUUACGGCCAAAGUUUACUGUAGCGAACACACGCGUAAAGAAACAAUGAUGGAAAAUGUUCUAGUAAAGCAAUUCACUUUUCUGUCCAUGGAAUCUAACAGACCGCCACCGGAUUUUGAGAGAACAUGUAGUGAGGUUCUCAUGCGUUUAUAAUUUUAAUUACAUUGUAUUAUUAUACAUAAAGAUACGUGCCCUUAAACGGAAAACAUUUCGAUUGAAAGUUAUGAAUGAAUGAAUGAGAAGCAUCAGUUUGUGCGGUGAAAUGAUUCACAUAGUACGAAUUGAAUAUCGACCUAUUUCAGAAAACGUGCUAAAGUGUAAAUGGGGAGAAAAUAUUUUAUAUUUAACAACCAGUGUUAUGAAAAUUUGCACAAACCACACAAGAUGAAAACACAGUCAUAGUAAAGGAACGCAACCACGUGAAUACCUAUAGUUAUAUCAAUUUUCGUGAGCUACGAUUAACUUUUUACACACCGAUUAAAAAAUCGUUAUUUUUAAGCUAAACAAGGAAUCGUUUGCUAAGCAGAGUAACUGUGUAUCAAAAUCGAAUUUAUCUAGAGUCAAGCGAGGAAUAACUUAGAGCAACCAGAGCUCUAUAACUAAAUAACAUAUUUUAUCUCGAGAAAUUAUUUUAAACCUGUUUGUACCUAAGAAAAACAAAACUGGCAAAACGCAGAAAAAGAAGCAUCUCUGUUUCUCUGUAAAUGUAAAUCGUCGUGUGUGUGAUAAAACCAAAAAAUACUUUGAAAAACUAAAAACUAAGAUAGGAUUGUGAAUUGGCAACACUUCCGUUACGUCGUCAAUGGAAUGUCAUUAAACAGCUGCACCUUUCCGUUUGCCAAAUGCCAAUUUUCAUUUCUGUACAGUAGUCGUUGGCUUAUGACAAUUAAAAUACUCACUUCUGUACAAAUGGCUUAUGUGCAAAUAUAUUCAAACUGACAAACAGUACUGGCGAAGAUUAUCGAACAUUUCGUUGUCAAUCGAUGUUUAGUUCAGUUUCAAACGAGUUUACCUAAGGAAUAUUUUAAUGAUACGUUCUUAUUUGUGUUAUACUAUGUUGUAAUUGUCAUUUAGUUGUUAUUUUAUGAGACAAACUCGCCAUUCAAGUGUACGUGUUUAAUGUAAAAGUAAACCAUUUGUAUCUGUUCGUUCGACUGUCAUCUUUUAAUUUAGUUUGUUCGACUGUCGUAUUUUAUUUUAGUUCAGAAUAAGUGUAAUUACCAUGUUUUGUUCCCAGCAGUAAAACACAUGGCGCUUUCUCUCCUUCACUCUCCCACGGAAAGUGUAACUAGACUAGAAGCGUUACUAGAAAUGUUUCGUUAUGCAAGCGCGGUUUGUGUCUCGGGAAGCGUUUCAUCGCUACGGUAUCGAUUUAACUGCCCUCUCUUGUGUAAGAAUUUACUAUGGUAACGAACAAAAUUUUUGGUAGCAGAGCAAACGCUGUUCCUUAUUUAGUGUAGUAGGCAAACACAAGCAAAUGUUGAACUCAAACGAAAUGCUCAUCUUACCAUUUCAUAAAGUUGGUCCUAUAACUUUAAGUUUAACCGAACCUCUUAUGUUUCAAUUUGUUAUUCAUGUAUGAUCUCGCACAAACUUUUGUUUACAAUAUCGUAUUACCGUACAUACUAGAGGAACAUAAGACAUUGUGUUUAAUAUCUUCCACUAUUUUUUUAAUGAGCAACUCAGAAAACAGCAGAACUAAGCAAAGAUACUAUUGAUGUAGAUGCAAGCCCUAUUUUAGAUAGUCUGCCACCGUACUAUUAUUUGCUAAGCCUUAUCAGAAUGGAAAUAAGAAAAGCAGGCUUUCGAAAACAAGUAAAAUAAAUCUGUGCAGUUAGAUUAUAAGCGUCACUUUAUGUAAAAAUCUAACAGAAAGCUACAUUGUAGCUCAAGGACACUUUAAUUCUAACAGAAGAUUAAAACUUAAAGUUUAAUUAAACGGCAAGAUAGAUAAAGCAUGUGUAAAUAUACCGUUUAAGUUUAGAGCGUCCCAGUCAAACGAUGCAGCAUUAUUAUAAUUACUGAGAGAAAAAAAACAGUCAAGAUGCCGGCGAGCGAAAAAAUAAAACAAACGCGUCUUUUGCUUUGUUCCUGGAGAAGGAAGUGUUGCUUUAGUGCAGCAGGUACAUGAUUUUCCAAGCGGCAUUCGAAGAAAACUGUGCGCACGAGAAAAAGUUAAUUAAUACCAUCGGUGAGAAAAAAAACUACAACUUUCUCAUCCCUCAUUUUGCAUUACCUAGUGGCUAGGCGGCAUUUUCUUCUCCAGGCUUUGGCCUGCGGGAAAUCUAACCGCAAGAAAUAAAAUGAGUAAAGCCGUACGUGCGAUAUGGAAAACUUUUAACUGGUUAAGAAAUAUGUACGCUAUUAUAUGAUGAAUACUGGCAGAUGAAGAGAAACUAUAAGAAAUAAAAACUUUUUUAAUGUAAAUAAUAAA